UGUAAUCACAGUAGAUUAUUCCCUUUUGACAACCCAACAAGUCUCUUUUUUUCAUUUGUUUCCCAACCUCCCUCAACGCAUAAAAAAACUUCUUAGUCUUAGUAUACAAGUUAAGUACCAGAUACACCUCCUUCGCCGUCAUCAACCGCCCAUUCUACAGCCAUCUCCGGCCAUUUCUCCAACGCCACCCAAUGUAUCCCCCCCGUACCAAUAUCCCUCUCUACUACCAACUCAACUCCCCCUCCCCCAUCGGACGCACCGCAUGUACCCACACCCACGUAUAUUUCGAGCUCUGGACCACGGCUAAAGAGAGGAAACUUGCUACUAAAAUAGUAUGUUUACACCAUAAAUACACACAAAUACACGCAAAAUACACACCAGAGACACUCUAGACGCUCUGGACACACACACACCACUAUCGGACUAAAACACGGAGAAUAUUCUUUUGCGUGGUUUAAUAGCAAUCCUGCACCUACAUGAAAAAAAAAAAAAGAUAAAAAACUAGAAUCCUCUCUCCUAUCUGUUGAUCUUCUCUCUCUUUAGCUUCAUCCUCCUCUCUUCCCUUUUCCUUUCUUUCCUUCUUCUUGGUUGAGAUUAAACAGUGUCAGGUUGUCCUUGUACUCUACUCUUACCCACUACCCACUAAACUCCCCAGCCGCCGACUUUCCUCCGCGCACCCACUACGCCCGCCCCGUGCUCCAGUUCAACCUCCAAGCGGGGACCCAACUAUCAACACGCUACACCCAAACCCGCUACCACUACCAAAACUGACUGGGGUGAGCUCCAAGGCGCAAGACACAAGAGACAUCCCAACGUCACAGCGCGGCCCUACUAUCCUACCCAUACUUGGUCUACACUGCACUACACCUAUACUAUACCUCGACUCCCGCUCCCGAACCACUUUCUCCCUCCUCUCCUCCUCCUCCUCCUCCUCCUCCUCUUCUUCUUCUUCCUCUUCACCUCUUACCCCCCCCCUUCUCUCUCUCUCUUGUUCCCCCUCAAUUCCCAUCACAGGGAAAUCACUAGAGAUCAAUCGAGGUUGACGGCGACAUUCCAAUCGUCGUUCGUCCUAACAGCUCUCGCCAAAGCACACCUCUCAACCCACUCUCCCACCCCAACCCCACCCGCUCGCUCGCUAUCAAUCGAUAACGAAGCCCACGAUGGCCACCACCAACAGAGAUGUCCGCAACCACUUUCUCUUCGAGAUCGCGACUGAGGUUGCCAAUCGAGUCGGCGGUAUCUACUCGGUCCUCAAAUCCAAAGCCCCCGUCACCACCGCGGAGUAUGGCGACCGCUACACCUUGAUCGGUCCGCUGAACAGGCAGUCGGCUGCCGUCGAGGUCGAGGCGCUGACGCCAACCAACCCCCAGCUCGCUGCCACCAUCGCUGCCAUGGAGGAGCGUGGCAUCAGCAUUGUCUAUGGACGCUGGCUGAUUGAGGGUGCCCCCCGCGUCCUGCUGAUCGAUACGAAGACCGCAUACAAGUUCCUGGACGAGUGGAAGGCGGAUCUGUGGAACACGGCGAGCAUCCCGUCGCCGCCUGGUGACGAUGAGACCAACGAGGCGGUGGUAUUUGGAUACCUCGUCGCGUGGUUCUUGGGAGAGUUCGUCGCCCACGAGAAGGAAAAGGCCGUCAUCGCCCACUUCCACGAAUGGCUCUCCGGCGUCGCCCUCCCCCUCUGCAAAAAGCGCCGCAUCGACGUAACGACCAUCUUCACCACCCACGCCACUCUCCUCGGCCGCUACCUCUGCGCCGGCUCUGUCGACUUCUACAACAACCUGCAGUACUUCGACGUCGACGCCGAGGCGGGAAAGCGCGGCAUCUACCACCGCUACUGCAUUGAGCGCGCCGCUACGCACUCCUGCGACGUCUUCACGACCGUCUCCCACAUCACCGCCUACGAGAGCGAGCACCUCCUCAAGCGCAAGCCGGACGGCGUGCUGCCCAAUGGUCUCAACGUCACGAAGUUCAGCGCUAUGCACGAGUUCCAGAACCUGCAUCAGCAGUCUAAGGAGAAGAUCCAUGAUUUCGUGCGGGGCCAUUUCUAUGGGCACAAUGACUUCGACCCGGAUAACACGUUGUAUUUCUUCACUGCGGGACGCUACGAGUACAGGAAUAAGGGAUGCGACAUGUUCAUCGAGUCUCUCGCGCGCCUGAACCACCGCCUCAAAGCCUCCGGUUCCAAAAUGACAGUCGUGGCAUUCAUCAUCAUGCCCGCGCAAACCCAGUCCCUCACCGUCGAAGCCCUCAAGGGCCAAGCAGUCAUCAAAUCCCUCCGCGACACCGUCGACGUCAUCGAGCGCGGCGUCGGCAAGCGCAUCUUCGAGCGCGCCCUGAAGUGGCACGAUGGCGACCCAAUGCCCGACUCUAAAGAUCUCAUCACGGCACAAGAUCGCAUCCUCCUCCGUCGCAGGUUGUUCGCUAUGAAGCGCCAUGGUCUCCCGCCGAUCGUCACGCACAACAUGGCGAAUGAUGCGGAGGAUCCGAUUCUCAACCAGAUCCGCCGCGUGCAGCUUUUCAACCACCCCUCUGACCGCGUCAAGAUCGUGUUUCACCCCGAGUUCUUGAACUCCGCUAACCCGGUCCUGCCGCUCGACUACGACGAGUUCGUGCGCGGUACGCAUCUCGGUGUCUUCCCAUCCUACUACGAGCCGUGGGGCUACACACCCGCGGAAUGCACGGUCAUGGGCGUCCCAUCCAUCACGACCAACCUCUCGGGCUUCGGCUGCUACAUGGAGGAGCUCAUCGAGAACUCCACCGACUACGGAAUCUACAUCGUCGACCGCCGCACCAAGGGGGUCGACGACUCCGUCAACCAACUCACGCACUUCAUGGCCGAAUUCGCGGCUAAAUCCCGUCGUCAGCGCAUCAACCAGCGGAAUCGCACCGAGCGCCUCAGCGAUCUGCUGGAUUGGAAGAGGAUGGGCAUGGAGUAUGUGAAGGCGCGCCAGCUGGCGUUGAGGAGAGCGUAUCCGGCGAGCUUUGAGGGCGAGGAGGGCGGGGAGGAUGUCUUUGCGGGGAGUGAUGUUAAGAUCUCGAGACCGUUUAGUGUGCCCGGAUCUCCGAGGGAUAGGUCGGGGGUGAUGACGCCGGGGGAUUUUGGGAGUUUGCAGGAGGGGAGGGAGGGGUUGAGUACGGAGGAUUAUAUUGCGUGGAAGCUGCCAGAAGAGGAAGACCCAGAUGAGUACCCCUUCCCCCUCACUCUCCGCACCCGCCGCCCAUCGGGAAGCGCACUCGAUCCUAUGAGCGGCGGCCCCACUAGCCCUGCGGAGCUGGGGAAGGCUACGAAUGCGGGUGCGAAUGGGGAGGGGAAGGCUAAGGCGGAGGCGACGACGGCGGCGAAGGCGUAGAUGGCGGCGUUGUCGUUGUCUUGGCGUAGUUGUCGUCAUCGUCGUCUUGGCUUGAAUGAGAAAGGCUUGUUAUUGCCUUACUAUCUACCUGGGUGUGAGAAAGGGGGGGGGUUGUUUUGGUACGAGAAUGGGAGUGUGGACAUAAUGCUGUGGAUGGGGAGGAGGAAAUUUCGAAAAAAUAUGUUUUGCAUGAGAGGCCGCGGGGGAGUGCAUGGUUGAGCGUGUUGGAGGAAGGGGAGGGAAGGAAGGGGGGGAUGGGCAUAGUCGUUGUGCGCGCGUUGAGCUUUUGAACUGGCCGGGGAGGAAAUAUUUUUUGUAUAAACAUGGAAGACGCAUUUUAUAGCAUUGCUUGCAUCGCAUGCAUCGGUACUGUCUUUUAUCGCAUCUAUCGCCCUGUCUGUCAUCCUGUCGUCCUGUGUGUCUUCUGUGGAGUGAUAGUGAGCUGGGUGAUAAAUGUUGUAAAUGUUGUAAAGGGUGAGAGUAUGAGAACCGUGUGGCUGAAGGUG